GAAAAAUAUGGCGGAUCAAGAGCAAGUUACCCUAGUGAGUAUCUUUAUCGCGAUAAUUACUUUUGAUUUUAAGAAGUAGCACAAUUUUUGGAUUAUAAAUAAACAAAAUCCGUGUGAGUUCUUCUAAGACAAAAUUUUAACCGCUGUUGAAAGCGCUUUAAAGAUGAAAAUCCUUUCUUCCUCUCACUGGAUUUUGUUCAUAUUCUCUUCUCCGAGCAUACAAGCGUGACCUUUUUAAAUUUUGAAAGGCAUUUAUUCGCGUAUAUCUGUUAUUUCAAUAGUCAGUGUGAAGCAGGAUAAAAAUACGCUAGCUAAGAUGCUACAGCCGUAGUUAGAAGGGUCGAGAUUUUAAAUUAAAAUCGAUACGAGUCAUUUCUCGUUAAUUUGUUUAUCAUUUUGCAUUAAAUUUUCACUUUUUGUUCAUAUUAUUAGAAGAUAACCUGUUGUUCCUCAAGUAAUCUGUAUGCAUUUAAAAUAGGAUUUUGGAAAAACCCUAAAAUGUAAGCACCGAUUUUAAAUGAAGGAUAAUGUUCUAAUUAACUUUGGUGUUUUCUGAUAGUACACUAGUGUCAACACAAGAUAAAUCCUGGCUUUCAUUCACUCUGACGAAGGGCUAACGCUCGAAACGUCAGUUUUGAAACUCUUAAUGGUGGCUAAUUUACGUUAUCAACGCAGUUGAUAAUACAAAGUUACCCUGUUAUACUCUUCCAGCAUCGCAGUUUCUGAUCUUUAGAAACUUACCCCCUUUAAAUUAGUGUCAAUAAAGGGGGUAAGUUUCUUUUAAGUUUGAUUGAGGCAAAUUCUUUACUCCAUCCACUUGCACAAUGUACUUGUAAGUUAUGUGAAGGUUAGUGGGUUGUAGAUGUCUUACUGAAAAUUAUUUCUUCUUAAAAAUUUUUCUUCAUUAUAACCUUUGAUAAAUAACUUGAAAAAUCACCAUCUUUUGUUAAAAACUUACAGGUGAUUAUUUUGUUCAUUUCUUACUUAUCAUCUUCUCUUGUAAUAAAUUCAGGAAAAUGCUCCGGCUACAGAAGACAUUCUCAGUUCUCAAGGUGAAGUUACAGAAACCAAAGAUACAGAUAAUGAACCAGAGAACCCUCCCUCAGGAGACACUGUAGCUGGAGAGGCACCCUCACAACCGGCUGAUGAGUUACCACAGGAGGGAGGCAGUGCAGAGGAGACUUCAGCUGAUGCUGCAGCAGCAGAUGAGACAAAUCAGGUGCAAGAGGAAGGGGAAAGCAAAGAAAAAGAAGAUGUGAUAGAAAAUCCAAGUCAAAUUGAGGAGAGACAGGAUCAUAUUGAGCUUGAAGUAAGUGAGUGCAGUGACACUGAGAGAAGGCAUUUCCUCUUUGUCUGAAAAUGUAUGAGUUUGUACACACUUUCCUUUUAUUUUAUCUCAUUGAAGGAAAAUCUUUAUCUAUUUCUUAAGUAAUUAGAAUUUUAUGAUACUCAUAUCCAAUAAUUUGAUAAAAAGAUGAGUGUGACUGUGUGGGGGGGGGGGAAGGGGGGUCCUUGAAGAUUUCUCACAACUGACCCCUUAAUUUUCUUUGUUGUUGUUGCCAGAAGUUUGAGGAAGAACAGGAUGAAAAUGCUCCAUUACCAGAGGUAAGUUACAGAUUAUUCCACUCAUUUUGAACAAUUUUUUUAAAAUUUCUUUUUUUCUAACUUUUCUACCUUUUUUCUAACUUAUCUAAUCAUAUAACUAAAUUUGUUUUUCAGAAUGAAGGCAUUCCAGAGACUGAUGACGGUCCUACUGUGGAGGUAGCUCAGCCACUGUCUAGAGAGGGAACACCCACUGGACAGAGGACAAUCAUGGAGGAAAAUGGUAAGGAGGAGCCUGAUGCUUUUUCAACCCCUCCUCCUCCAGUGCCGCAGUCUCCAGAACCAACAACUGACAUGGAACAGAUGGAUACAUAUAUUGAGUCAGGUGAUAACUGAUUUCAAUGCUCAUAAACUUGAGUUUUUGUAUUUAUUCAAAGGGCAUUAAGUUCUUAAAUUGAAUGGCCGGUUACUAUACUGGUGCACGAGCAAUGGGCCUACUUUUUUCUUUUCAACUCAAAACUCUUGUGUACCAGUGAUGUUUAUGGGUAGUCUAGUGAAUUGUUUGAUUAAGCUUGUUUGGUCAGAUAGCUGAAAAUUUUGCUUUCUUCCUUUAUGGGAUGUUAUGGGCCUCAACUUUGUCUCAGUCUGAUAAAAAACACUGAUAAACAUGAUUAAUAUUGAACCUCACAGUUGGAAAAUUAUGCACACUUAUGCAUUUGUCUGUCAGAUGCCAUGCAAUAUGAUGAGAUGGAGUAUGAUGACGAUUCUGAACCAGAGAUUCCUAUCUACAACAGAGCAGAACUUAUUGAACGUUACCAGGUAAUAUACUGUUGUGCUUAGACUUUCCUUACAUGUUUGCUCUUUCAUUAGUUUUUACACACUGCCUAAUGUGAUAUAUGUGAGAGAUGACAUUUCCUCAAUUCUUUAUAAGUUAUUUUUGUCUGUUACUAUAUUUUUGCAGCAAGCAUUGGAGGAAAGAUCUGCUUUGCAAUCAUUGAAUGCCCAGCUUCAACACAAGCUGGCUGAAUAUUUCAAAAAGAAAAAGGUAUGUAAUGGGAAACAUAUUUUAAGAUAUGUUGCCUUGAAUCAAUAAUCUAAUAUUUGGCUAUGGCAAUAUAAUAUUUGGUUUCUGUGUUUCCAGAAAAAAUUUUAUCCCCCUUGAAAUUAUUUUGAAUUUUUUUUUUAUCUUUAGAGUGAUGAGCGACAGCAGGAGAUAGAAAAGAAUGUGACAGAUCAGGAACAAAGAUACCUCAAAUAUAUGUGUUAGUCAGAAGCACAAAAUGCUGUAAUCUUGAAAAUGAUUUUAUUUCAUGCUGGAUUUAUUCAGACUGUGAAACUUAGAUUGGUGGUCUUUUGUGUGGUAUAAAACUUGUAACCUUGUCACUUAUCUUGAAAGAGUCCUUCCUUAAGCAUUUUUUUUUAACACAGCUUAAUCACAGUUUUGAUGGUAAUAAUUUGAUAACUUUUUUUUUUUUCAGCAAAUCUUGAAGAACUCCAAAAUGAAGAAAGACGAGAAACCAAAAAUUAUGAGGAUCAGAUUGAAGAUUUAAAAGCAAAAUGCCUGGAGAGGCAAGAAAUUGUGAACCAAGCCAGGUAUAUCAAAGGCAAACCUCUUUGAAAUAGACAUUAGUUCUUGUAUAAUUUGAAUUUUCCAAUUGAAUGCUGGUUUUCUGACACAGAAUGUUGUCACCCUCCGUUCGCUAUUGGAUUCGUCACGAUACAAUUGAGUUGGUUCAAAUGUAGGUGGAAUAACAACAUGAGACAAAAAUCGUCAACAAACUGAAUUCUCUUUCAGUGACAACUUUAUGAUGUUUAAGAGUGAUGUUGCAAAACAAGCAAUCAACAGUCGAUCUGGAAAACCAAUUCCUCCCAAGGUAAGGAAAUAAUGAUAAACAGUCCGAUGAUAGGGAAAAAAAGGGGAAAAAAAGAUAACAGGAGCAUUGGUCAUCGUUAUCGGUGUAUAUCUGUUGUAGAGAUAAAUUAUGUUUUCGUGGGAUUUACACUAAACGAGAGACUGUCACAUCAUCUUGGCAUGCCAAAGAGUUGGAGAGCGGGGUAUGUCGUGAAGAAACUGUAUUGGAAGAAUUGCAGUUGCGUUUCGAUGCGAACUUGGAUUAAGCCUGUCAGAGAAAGGACUAUAAUUGCACUUGUCCUAAGUGAGUUAACUUUGGUUUAGCACCAUUUAUCUACUGAAGGAUAAUAAAAUGUAAGUUGAGAGUGGUAAUUCCUAAAAAUUAGACCGCAAAUAUCAGAACUCAAGUGUUCCACGAAGUGCUUUCAGUCCUUAACAGUUUAGUAACUGCAGAGAAUGUAUCUGUAUAAUAACUGUUCAGCGUCCUUGAUUUUUUCCCUGGCUUUUUCUUUGACAGGAUCUUGAACAAUACCAGAUGUUAGAACUUAAAAAAGAACAAGAAGUUAUGCAGGUAAUAACAUGGACUUUCAACUAAUAAGUUUUCCCUUACAAGUGCUGAUUUUUUUUCAAACAGGUGUACUUAGGACAUUGCUUACAAGGUCUGUAACUUUAUUUAUGCCUGUGUUUUUUUUUUGUGUGUUUUUUUCUUAAUAGGUGCGACUGGAGAACAUAAAGCUGAAAAACCGGCUGAAAAAGAGAGAGAUGCAAUUGAAAGCGAAGGUUGGUCUCAAUUACAAACAAAAUACGAUUUCCAAUUGAUUUCUUUUCUUUCCGUUUGAACUUUCCUUUCACUUUUUACUGGACUUCGAGAAACGCAAAACAAAGCCGUCAUACAAAAUAGUGAUGUCAAAGUUACUUGUGUUUUACGCAUUCAUCUGAUACAUUAUUUAAAACUUCCUAUGUCAUUUUCGAGGCUGCAAAAUCGUUAGACCCUUGCUUCCUUUUUCGAUGUGAUAUCGUGCUCAGCAACAUAUCGUGAGAACAUUUUGGAUAGGUUUACUUCAGAUUUUUAAUCCAACGGGUUGUAUAUAGAAAGUGCUCUACUUAUUUGAGUUCAUUUUUGUGGCUUUUAGGAGGAGCUAGCGGAAGGAUUGCACUUAAUUGACUUUGAGCAGCUCAAGAUUGAAAACCAGACCUAUAAUGAAAAGAUUGAAGAACGAAAUGAGGUGAGUAUCAAAUUUUUUUUAGGUGGAAAUCAAAGAAAACAUCAACACUCAGAGUGAAAAUAACGUGGUUAGCCGAGCCCAAAAUACCAACUGAAUUUUAGUUAAUGGAUGGAUAUAUGCUUGGGAAACUUAACGCUGUUAGCAGUAUUUUAACACUUGUUGCCCUUAUCAAUUGUAAGUCAUUGGUUUGAUCCUAGUUGGUCGCAACAGUUGUAUCUUCACACAAAUUUACUUGGGCCAUUCGCGCUUUUUUUUGUGUGUUAAUUUAUUACGAAGCUCAUAUAAAAACAAACCAACAAUAAUUACUAAGUCUCGGUUGCAACUCUAUCGAACCCUUUGUAGUAGUAACAUAUUCCUCUGCAUAUACGGAAAACUAGAGAGGACCUUAAAUCUGGUAUUUACGUAAUACCGAUACUUUUUCAUUGGGAAUGAGCUGAAACAUGAAAUAUCCUCUUUUGGCGGGCAUCCAACGAAAUACACGUCAUGCAUGUAUGGCAGGUCCACCAUGCCUCAAAACACAAGGACACUUGGAAAUGUACAGCUAGGAACCAUAUAUAUUACCUCACGAAGUUUUUACCUAACGGAAAACUUGCCUUUUUUGUUGUAGGAGCUUUUGAAACUUCGCAAGAAGAUCACAACUACAGUGCAAGUCCUAACGCAUCUGAAGGAAAAGUUGCAGUUUGUACAGGCAGAGAACAGUGACCAAAGAAACAUUCUUAGAUCAGUCGAAGCACACGCUGCACAGGUUCGUUAUGACUUGAGUUUAAUUAAUUUACAGCAUAGCAGAGCCGGUGGACAAAUGGUUGACGCUUGGGGCUGGCCGGGCUAUCGUGUAAUGUUCUUGUACACUGAUUUCUCAAGCUACAGAAAACGAAAUAAGUUCGAGUAGUUAAGCCACUUGCGAUGAGUGCGAUCAUGAAUUUUCGUAGAAUGUGUUCUUCGUGCUAAAAAUUGUAUAUGAAACGACUGAGGCGCAAAACAGUUGAUAUUAUUUGUAAAUUUCUGUCACCAAUCUUAUCAUCCUUUGCGUUCUUUUUUCCUUUCUUUUUACAGAAAAGAGAUAUAUUAACAAGAACAAAACAAGUCAGGGAUGCACUGAGAAUAGAAAAUGUCAAGCUUAGACAAAAGUGUGGACUUCUUGGAAACGAGCCGCUGCUCAGAGACUACGAGCAACGGAAAGAACAGGUGCAACUACUUUCAGAGUACAUGUACGCCAGUGAACAGUUGUAAAGCAUUUUUACCAAACGGUAUUUUUUAAUUUGAUUCCAGAGAUUAUGGAAAUUUUUUAUGAAAGGGGCAAAGAGAAUGACAGGACUUGCCGUUAAAGAGUCGAUGUUCAAUUGAUUCCAAAGAUUUCCAAUGGCGUCCUGAAACUCGUUACUACUUUGGCAAGAGUGGGUUGACGCGAGAAGCGCCUUAGUGAACGCGAGAAGUGUCCAAGUUGACGCAAGUUAAAGCGAGCAAACGAAUAAGCAUACAUCAAAAUCACGAAAGGCUUAAAAGAAUAUUUCGAUCCUCCUUCAAAAAAAAAAGAAAUGCGGAUUGAUUUCGGUUUAAUACUUUAGGAAGUAUUGACCCGAGUUUUGUGACGAAAAUACGGACUUUUAAACUCCUCCUUUACUUUGCAGAGCGAUGAUCUACGAGCGAAAAUUGAUCGUCUGAAGAUGGAUCAUGCUGAACUGACAAUGGACUGCAGUGGAAUACGAACGAAAAUUGAAGGAGCUAGACAAGACGAAAAAUCGCUUUAGCUUUGUAUGUAAAUAUAUUGACAGCGCCAUUGUACAUAACACAGUUUUAAUGUAAAUUUAAUCAAAUUCUGUGACUUGUCGGUGUCUGUCUGACGUCAGCCCGGUUAAAUUUAAAUUGGUAUCGUACGUGCAGAAGUAAGGUAAUAUUACUAUUUUUUUCAUCGUCGUAAAUUGAUGUUUGUUAUUAUCCAACUCUACUACACCAAACAAUGUCACAAUGUGAAAAAUAAAAAAUCUAUACAUGAUGAUCGUG